GAUGUCCAGUUGUUGUUUUUUUCCCUCCUUUUUUCUUGUUUCUCUACGUUAAUUUUUAUGAGUUAUUGGAAAUUUGAAGACUCUGUUACUCUGAGGUAGAUUUUCUCGGAUUUUCCUUUCUGGUUUAUUGGAUACUUGCAUUAUCUGGCUGUUUGAUCGCUUUGAUGUUUUGGGUUCCGGUGAUUUAAAUCUAAUUCUCUCAUUAAAGGGGACGUUUUAAAAGACUAUAGUUUGUCAUCAGAUGGGUUGUGCGAUCUGAUUGUUUGAUUUGUCUAAUUUUUGUCCUCGCACUGAAUGUUACUAAAAGAAGAAGAAGAAAUUAAAAGUCUAUUUCUUUUAGUGUUUUUACAUUACGUCCAAGCAAAUAUUGAGAAAAAGUUGGGGGCUUUCGGAUGCAUUGGUGUUGUAUUUGUGGUGGAUUGUUGUUUUGUUGUUUGUUGUGGUACAGCAACCAUCAUUAAGUACUUGAUAGUCUAUAUUAGUCCUGGAGAGUACCAUAACAUUUGGUAUAAUUUUGAAUAGUAGGUUCACCAAUUUCAGGAACUGUGAAAAGAACCACAUAGAGCUUUCAAGUGUUGAAAUUUUAUUCAAAAUUUGAUGCUAUAACCGCUGACGAUUUAAUCUCGAUAACAUUCUAGUCAUGGGGUCUGAAGGGCCUCCAGCAAUAACAAUCCAUGUGACAGGGUUUAAGAAGUUUCAUGGAGUUUCAGAGAAUCCAACUGAGAUCAUUGUCCGCAACCUUAAAGAGUACAUGACUAAGAAGGGUUUGCCAAAAGGCGUAAUUCUUGGGAGUUGCUGCAUCCUUGAGACUGCUGGCCAAGGAGCCCUUGUUCCCUUAUAUCAGACAUUGCAAUCUUCUAUAAGUUCGAAAGAAUCAGAAUCUUUGAGUCCUGGAAGAGUUAUUUGGGUGCACUUUGGAGUUAAUAGUGGCGCAACAAGAUUUGCUAUUGAGCAUCAAGCUGUUAAUGAAGCUACUUUCCGUUGUCCUGAUGAGAUGGGAUGGAAACCUCAGACUUCUCUUCCUGUUGAGGAUAUCACCAAGGCCUUGGCAAAGCAGGGUUACGCAGUGAUGACCUCUGAUGAUGCUGGCCGUUUUGUAUGCAAUUAUGUUUACUACCAUUCCCUUCGCUUCGCUUCGCAGAGUGGAACCAAAUCACUCUUUGUACAUGUACCUCUCUUCAUGACCAUAGACAAAGAAACCCAAAUGGGAUUUGUUGCUUCCUUGCUGGAGGUGAUUGCUUCUUUACAGUAGCUAUCUACACCUCGUCUGCUGACAUAUCAUGUCCAGAAGCUUAAUGCAGUACUGCUGUUUACCGUGUUUGAGUUGGCGGGUGAGUUAUUGAAAUUGAAAUGCUUUAGUAAACGGAUGAGUGUAUGUCAAUGGAAAAUUGUAUUUUGUGGCACAUUCUUGUCAUCUAUUUUGAUGUUUCUGGAAUGGUUUCCGCCACUUCUUGAAAGGUCUUGAAAUCGUCCUUGUUAAUAUAUGAAUAAUGCUCCAGUUUCUUUUGUCUCAAACGACAUUGCUCCUU